AUGUCUUUCCUCCAAGCAGCUCGGCCUUGUCGGACUAGAGCUUGUCGGUUUUCCACAUUUCAAGCACGAAGUUUCAGCCGGUCACACGCUCUCGCCAGUCCUAUCACUCCGGAGGAAAUCCAAGGCGCUCAUAAAUAUUGCGUCGCUCUUCUCUCAAAAUAUGACCGUCCUUCUUACACACUCAGCACUUUCAUCCCACGACAUGCUCAAUCCUUCUACAUUGCGCUGCGCGCAUUAAACGUCUCUCUGUCCAUGAUCCCCGACACAACGUCCUCUCCCACGAUUGGCCUGAUGCGCCUUCAAUUUUGGCGCGACUCAGUAGCGAAAAUUCUAGCAGGCGCACCGCCCAAAGAACCCGUCGCCAUCUUGCUUUCAUCGGCCAUCUCCGAGCUCCACGAGCGCACGCAGGGUCGCGCGCGAAUCAGCAAAGGAUGGCUGACCCGGUUGAUCAAUUCGCGGGAACAGACGUUAACAAAUGACCCAUAUCCCAACAUUGCGGCGCUAGAGUCCUACGCCGAGAACACAUACUCCACCCUCAUGUACCUCACUUUGUCGGCCUUGCCAAUGGCCUCCGUGACUGCGGACCAUGUUGCGUCGCACAUCGGAAAGGCGGUGGGAAUUGCGGCCGUGUUGCGCGGGUUGCCGUUCGUGGCAUUCCCUGCCCCGGCCGCCCAGGCGCCUCCCGGUGGGGCGAGUUCCCCAAUGGGCGGUGGUGCGAAGCAGGGCGCUGUGAUGCUGCCUUUGGACAUCAUGGCGGAGACGGGAGUCAAGGAAGAGGACGUCCUUCGGUACGGAGCUGACGCUGAGGGGCUUCGUGAUGCGGUGUUCACUGUUGCUACCCGGGCAAGUGACCAUCUCAUCACGGUGGAGCAGAUGCUGAGCAACAUCCGUGCCGGUGAGGACGUCGGCCAUGACUUUGAACACGAGGGUGAAGAGGGACAUGAAUAUGAUGUUGCGAAGAGCAGCGAGUCGCCCCUCGAGGAAAUCAACCGGGCGUUUGGUGUGUUCAUGCCAGCCGUUGGCACACGCUUGUGGUUGGAUCGCCUCCAGAAACAAGACUUUGAUGUCUUCAGUCCUGCAUUGCUUCGAUCUGAUUGGAGACUUCCUUGGAAAGCGUAUUCUGCAUUCACAAGAAAGUCUCUCGACUGA